AUAUCACAUGACACUACAUCAUGAGUGACAGUAAAUGUGAUAGUCAGUUUUACAGUGUGCAAGUGGCAGACUCAACUUUCACUGUGCUCAAGCGUUACCAGCAGCUGAAACCCAUUGGCUCUGGAGCCCAAGGGAUUGUUUGGCGCCGUCACUGCAGGGCCUUGCUCUUCAUUGGCAGGAUGAGGCCAGUCAGUGUCAUUGUCACCCAUGGAUUAACCAGGAAGGGAUGCUGUGUGAGGGGUUGGGCUGGCCGUCUCUUCCUUGGUGUCUCCAGGACGUCAGAACCCUUGGUCUGACCCUGAACCUUAGUCUCUUGCAUGGUAAGACAGUCAGCUGCCGCGACAUCACCGGCCAGCUAAAGUGCUGCUUUUGAUACAGUUCUUGGGAUAAAUGUUGCAGUCAAGAAGCUAAGCCGGCCUUUUCAAAAUCAAACUCAUGCAAAGAGAGCUUAUCGUGAACUCGUGCUCCUAAAAUGUGUCAAUCAUAAAAAUAUAAUUAGUUUGUUAAAUGUGUUUACACCACAAAAAACUCUCGAAGAAUUUCAAGAUGUGUAUCUGGUUAUGGAAUUAAUGGAUGCUAACUUAUGUCAGGUUAUUCAUAUGGAGUUGGACCACGAAAGAAUGUCCUACCUUCUUUACCAGAUGCUCUGUGGUAUUAAACACCUCCAUUCAGCCGGUAUCAUUCAUCGAGACUUGAAACCUAGCAACAUCGUCGUCAAGUCAGACUGCACCCUGAAGAUCUUGGACUUCGGCCUGGCACGGACGGCAUGCACCAACUUCAUGAUGACCCCCUAUGUGGUGACGCGGUACUACCGGGCACCUGAAGUCAUCCUGGGCAUGGGCUACAAGGAGAACGUUGACAUCUGGUCAGUGGGGUGCAUCAUGGGCGAGCUGGUGAAAGGUUGUGUGAUAUUCCAAGGCACUGACCAUAUUGAUCAGUGGAAUAAAGUGAUUGAGCAGUUAGGAACGCCAUCUGCAGAUUUCAUGAAGAAACUCCAGCCGACAGUGAGGAAUUAUGUAGAAAACAGACCAAAGUAUCCAGGAAUCAAAUUUGAAGAACUCUUCCCAGAUUGGAUAUUCCCAUCAGAAUCGGAACGAGACAAAAUUAAAACAAGUCAAGCCAGAGAUCUGCUGUCAAAAAUGCUCGUGAUAGACCCUGACAGGAGAAUCUCUGUGGAUGAGGCCUUGCGCCACCCCUACAUCGCCGUGUGGUACGACCCCGCUGAAGCAGAAGCGCCACCACCUCAAAUUUAUGAUGCCCAGUUGGAAGAAAGAGAACAUGCAAUUGAAGAGUGGAAAGAGCUGAUUUACAAAGAAGUGAUGGACUGGGAAGAAAGAAGCAAGAAUGGUGUUGUCAAAGAUCAGCCUUCAGAUGCAGCCGUAAGCAGCGCCGCCACGCCUUCCCAGUCAUCCUCCAUCAACGACAUCUCGUCCAUGUCCACCGAGCAGACGCUGGCUUCCGACACCGACAGCAGCCUCGACGCCUCCACGGGGCCCCUUGAAGGGUGUCGAUGAUGCGGAAGGCACGGCGAGCCCGUCGUCCGUGAGGAACUCUCACCUCCGUGGGCCUGUGGUGCCCAGAAGCUGAUGGAACCAAAUAGACACAGUCCGUGUUCUGCAUGUGAGAAACCCAGGGCCCUGCCCUGUCCAGUCCUCAUAACAUCGCCUGCCUAGGGUUGAAGCAGGUUGUGUCUGAAGAGAUUUUGUUCACGGUCAUUUCAGGUGAGCCAUUAGAGUGGAUGAAUUUUUUUUUAAGUCGUAUGGUGAUCAUCGUGACAAUUUCUCAUCCUCAGUCACUGUUGGGACUUCUAUGCAUGUGACCACAAAUGCUUGCUCCGACUUGCCAUCUGUCACUUUGGAAAUCAGUAUUUAAAUGCCCAAUAGUCUUCCAGGUAGUGCUGCUUCUAGAAUUAUCUCUUAAUCCUCUUAAGUACUUGGCACUCUGUCCAGAAAAAAAAUAGAUGUACAUGUAUUAAUUGGCCACCAUCUUAUUAUCAUAUCUCACCUUUUAUGGUAUGAUUUACUCUAUCUUUUGUAUUUCAGAAGGAAUAUAAUUAAAUCUAUUUAAUAAAUAAAAAAUAGAAGUUUUAAAAA